GUUUUGGAGGAGUGAGUCAUGAAGCAGGGGAAAAUUCCCUUGCAAAAACAUUUGUAAUUAUUUCAUUAGCUUUCAUUUAAUACCUGUGACGUUUAAUAAUGUAGCCAAAUGUAACUUUUGGUAAAGAUUUUCAACUUUAGUAAUGGAUGCAGUUGGGAGAGUUGUGAACGACAACAGGACACUUCUUUUACUCGUCCUUGUUGCCGGCUCUCUGUUGUGGUAUCAAAGGCAAGUCUUUAUUGCCGAGCAAGAGCAAAAACAUUCCCUACAUCGCUGGUUAAAGGAACAAGGGUUAGACGAAUAUAUAAAUAAUCUUAAUAAAGCAGGUGUCAAAAACAAAGAAAACUUUUCAAAGCUUGAUAUAUCAAAGUUCCUUCACAAGUACUUCCCAAAUCUACAUGGAAAGAAAUACUCAAAUUCUUACCAUAGACUUGAAAUUCACAUUCUCAAGUUACAGAAUCACUUGAAAAUAUUUUACUGGUUAGAGCACAAUGGCCUUGAACAAUAUCUCGAUGUGCUGGUGGAUUUAGGAUACAGUGACAUGGAUGAUAUCAAAGAAAAUUUGACCCAGGAGACAAUUGAGAAAAUCACUAGAUAUGAAUUCACAAGAAAUCACCUUUCAAGGUUUGAAUAUGCUCUCAAAAAGUUAAGAACAGAAGAGACAAGUAGACCUGGAGGUUUCUGGUUUAGACUGUUGCAUUAUCCUAUUUAUAUUUUCUUGCGGGUUUUCUGGCUUAUUGUGUGGAUUCUUAGAAUUGUAGUGAAGGCAAUGGGAUUUCUCUUGUUUUCACUAUAUCUGAUAUUCAAAGUAUCUUCAAUUGUACGGAAAACUCUAAAUGAAUGUCAGCGCCGUAAGACAAAUUUGUUGAACUAUGCCAUUGGGAAUUAUCUCUAUGCAACGAGGACAAGAAUACGAUGGCACUGGAGUGAGCCUGCUACAGUUGGACAAACAAUGACUUUUGUAAUUGAGGUAGUAUUAUGAAUUUUACUUCUUUCAGUAUAAUUGAUAUAAAUGUUAAUAAGUUAAGGUGACUUUUGAAAGUCAAAGUAUUUCAAAUUUUACUCAGUAAUCU